AUGGGUGAUUGGAGCUUUCUUGGGCGGCUUUUGGAGAACGCUCAAGAACACUCAACAGUGAUCGGCAAAGUUUGGCUGACUGUUCUCUUCAUCUUCAGGAUCCUGGUCCUGGGAGCAGCAGCUGAGGAAGUCUGGGGAGAUGAACAGUCAGACUUUACCUGCAACACUCAGCAGCCUGGUUGCGAGAACGUUUGCUAUGAUGAGGCUUUCCCCAUCUCACACAUCCGUUUCUGGGUUCUGCAGAUCAUCUUUGUGUCCACACCAACUCUUAUUUAUCUUGGUCACAUACUGCACAUUGUCCGUAUGGACGAAAAGCGCAAGGAGAGGGAGGAUGAACUGCAAAAGUCAAGCAGACUCCAAGAGGAGAAAGAACUUUAUAGAAAUGGAGCAGGUGAAGAUGGUGGCAAAGGAGGUGAGAAAAAACAAAAACCACCAAUCAGAGAUGAGCACGGCAAAAUCCGCAUCAGAGGUGCAUUGUUGCGCACCUAUGUGUUUAAUAUCAUUUUUAAGACCCUGUUUGAGGUUGGGUUCAUUUUAGGUCAGUAUUUUUUGUAUGGCUUCAAGCUCAGGCCACUGUAUAAGUGCUCACGGUGGCCCUGUCCUAACACUGUGGACUGCUUUAUUUCCAGGCCCACAGAGAAGACCAUCUUUAUCAUAUUUAUGCUUGUGGUGGCUUGUGUAUCUCUUGUGUUAAAUUUAGUAGAGAUAUAUCACCUUGGAUGGAAGAAGGUCAAACAGGGCAUGACCAAUGGAUAUGUUCCUGAGUCGUUUGCCAAUAAUAAUGCAGUGGAAAUAGAAUCUAUGCCUACUGCCCCCAGAACUGCCCUUGCCACCCUUAGCUACCCACCCAAAUACCACGAGGUGGCGACAGGUAGUGGAACAUUCCUGCAGCCUGGGUCAGCAUCCUCCACGGCGGAGUUCAAGAUUAAUCCUCUGCAUAAGGAGCAAACCGCUUUCUACAUUAGCAACCACAGGCUGGCUGCUGAGCAGAAUUGGGCCAACCUGGCCACCGAGCAGCAAACUAUGGAGAAGAAAGGACCUGCCCCUUCUCCCUCUUACGCCACCUCCACCUCUUCCUGUGAUAAUGUGCAGGUUCCCAGUGAUCCCCCACCUCCCAUAAUUGUUCCCAGGGGAGGCAUUUUAACGGGCGAGAAAUCUGAGCCAGAGGAAGGCUAUGUCAUCACUACAGUGGAGAUGCAUGAGCCACCCAACUUGUCUACUGACCUCCGGCGUAUGAGCAGGGCAAGCAAAAUGAGUAGCUUAAGAGCAAGGCACAAUGAUCUAGCUGUUUAG